AUGGAUGAUAGAGCACUCACAGACCACGAUGAUCUUCUCCUGCGACUGAUGGACCGCUACAAGCCCCAUCUGAGGCCAUAUGCGUAUCGGUUACAGACAUGGGAACAAGUCUUGGAAGAAUACAACUCGCAAACUGGAAGUAAAUAUCGGCAAAUCAGGACUUUAAAAAAAAAAUUCGAAAAAUUAAGAGACGCUUACACAGCUGGUGAUGACAAGAUUGAAGUUGGUAAUUUAGAAUUGUUACAGAAGCUUUUGAGAGAAUCACAUCAACAAACAUCGGCAAGAAGUCAAUCGCAAAUGACAAAAAUUCAUCACUCAACAGAAGGUGAAAUAAUAGCCGGGAAUUUGAAAAUAGCCAAAUCAAGAGAUUCCCACUUAAUCUCACAGCGUCAAGAUAAUCUCAAAGAAAAUCUUUUAGAAAACGAGAAAAAUGCAUCGCCAUCCAAUGAUACCAGCAGGGAAAGCAGUGGACCAAAUCAACCUCCUCCAUUAGAUUCUAUUACCAUUGGUUUUCCACACAGCCACGGACAUCCACACAAUGACUCGAAAGCUUCGGAAACAUCGUCUCCCUCUCAGAUACCAAUUGCAUCAUCUUCAUAUGAUAGGGGACUGGGGCUAACGGACAAUCAUCUGGAUCCCAUAAAUAAUGUGGCAAAUAUAGAGGCUGCAAAAACUAAUACACCGUCAACAAAAGGAUCUCCAGAGGAUGAGCACGUUAAUGCCCAAAUGAAUACAAGGGUACUAUCGAAUUUGUUAUCUCAAUUUGCUACUCAGCAUCAGUAUAGCAAAUCAGUGGCAUCAUCACAAUCAUCGCCUUUUCCGAUAUCUAAUAUGCCCAUAAAUAGCCAAGCGAGUAGUUUGACUUUAGAGGUAUUAUACGCGGAAUUGCAAAACAUUCGUGUAUCACAAGAGGAACUUCGAAACGAAGUACUUUACAGAUUGGAUAUUAUAUCGGCUGGUUUAGCUGAAAAUUUAAAUCAAAUACGGCAGCAAGGAAAAUCGCAAGUUGUUAAAGCUUCAGUCUCUACUGAUAACCAAUUUCAUAUUGAUAGUCAUAAUCAUAGGCACGGUAAUAGAUUGAGGAAUGAUUCUGACGAUGAUCGGGAGAGAUCAUUGGGAUAG